CGGUGCCAUGUGCUUAUCAGUCGACCCGAACGCCAUGCUGUCGCUUGUGAUAGUUUCCACUUUGUUUCUCACUAAUGCUUUCGUCAAUACUCAUGCACUAGAUGUCAUCAUUCAUGUUGUUCAACCGACUACAGAUGAAGCGGUUCUCGAAACGAUUCGACGUUUGACUGCUGCGAUCAAUGCUGAUAACCGUUAUAUCAGUGCAGAAUUUGUACAACACGAUUGUAAAGGAGAGUACAAAGAGAAAUGUCAAAAACUUGAAGGAAAUACUGUAUUUGUGGCAUUUAAAAGUUCAAAUUAUUCGAACAUCGAAAUCAAUGGUCAUGUGAGGAAAAGCGCAGUUGAAGAAGAUGCGCAGAGAUUAUUUUUGCAAUUUACAAGUGAGAUUUAUCUUCAUCGCUCAGAAGAAAGCGACACUAAUGACUGGUGGAAGUACCAGUUAACGGUUCCACGUGCGGAAGAUUCCGAGCAAGUUGACAGACUCAUAUAUAAAAAUCAAACAACUUUCGUGCUUUAUUACGAGCCAGAGGGUUAUGAUAACUUUGCCGCCUAUUAUGCGUUCGGAGAAGUGUUCAAAAAGCCUGAUAGUGGACUCGCAGUGAAUUGCUCUGCACAGAAAAUAAUUUGUGAAGGACAUUCUAUUACCGACAUGCCAACUGUAAUAGCGUACGAAAACGGAUUGGAGUAUAAACGCUAUCUAUACGAUAUCGAUGCCGAAAUGAUUCGGGAUUGGAUCAAAACCCUUCAGCGACUGGUAAUUACAAAUCUAACACAGGACGCUGUUCCUUACUACAGGGAUGGCAUUGUACCAGGAUUUGAAAAAACGAGACCCUUGGUGAUAAUGUACUUCGGAUCAACGCGAGAAUCCGACGCCUAUAAAAAUUUCAAAAUUUUUGCUGAUGAACAUCACGGAGAAUAUCAUCUGACCGAAUUAAUAGCUGAACCGAUAGAGAAGUGGGCACAUCAACCAGCUUUCGUCGCUAUGAAACCGCUAGAAACAAUCACGAAAGCAAAUACACUUUAUGAAAACAUAACUUACGAGAGCAUGGCCGACUUUAUAGCGGAGAAUUUGCAUCCAUCAGUACAUCGUCUUACCGAUAUUCGAGCUCUGCUUACCGUUCUCUCACUAGGCAGGCCGGUGGUGAUAUUCUAUGACACUACCAAAACCCAUAACAAACUCCCUUUUGAGAAGCUUGCAGCCAAUUAUACUGUAAGAAGUACGGUAGCUGCUUUUGCCAUGAGUGAAGGACUUUCGAUGCCUGGACUCUUCCUUGCUGAUCUUCUCCAGGUGCAUAUUCAUGCAACACCAUCUUAUGUACUCUUUGAUCCUCAUAAGAGCUGCUUUCACAAAAAACCGAUUGCCAAUGAUACAGAAAUUGAAAUUGAGCACUGGCUGAGAACUGUGACAGAUGACACGUGCAUUCAAAGUUUUGUGAACAUGGAGAAAUUAACUAAAUUGAUACAAUGGGAGCUACGCGACGAACUCAGACGAGCUGUUGAAGGAGAAUCUUCUGCAUCCAAACAUGAAGAGUUAUGAUUAUUUGAAG